AUGGCUAUGCCGAUAGGGCCGGCCGGGGCGGCACGGCUCGUGCCCGUCCUCAUGGCUGCUGGGGGCCUUCUCUACGGGGCCAACAACUGCCUGUUCAACGUCGAGGGCGGUCACAGGGCGAUCGUCUUCAACCGGUUCGUGGGUAUCAAGGAGACGGUGUACAAGGAGGGGACUCACUUCAUGGUGCCCUGGGUUGAGAGGCCCAUCACCUACGACGUCCGCGCGCACCCGCAGACGAUCACCUCGACUUCGGGCUCGCGGGACCUCCAGAUGGUCAGCCUCGGCCUCCGCGUCCUCACGCGCCCGGACCCCGAGGCCCUCCCGGUCAUCUACAGGCGCCUCGGUAUGGACUACGCGGAGCGCGUGCUGCCGUCGAUCAUCCACGAGACGCUCAAGUCGGUCAUCGCGCAGUACAACGCGUCGCAGCUGCUCACGCAGCGCGAGAUGGUCAGCAAGGAGAUCCGUCGCAUUCUCACGGAGCGGGCGCGCUACUUCAACCUGGUCCUAGACGACGUGGCAAUCACGGACCUGCGCUUCGGGAAGGAGUACACGGCCGCGGUGGAGGCCAAGCAGGUCGCGCAGCAGGAGGCGGAGCGCGCGAAGUUCAUCGUGACGCGCGCCGCGCAAGAGAAGGAGCAGGCGAUUGUGCGCGCGCAGGGUGAGGCGCAGAGCGCCAAGCUGAUCGGGCAGGCGGUGCAGCAGAACCCGGCGUUCCUGACGCUGCGGAAGAUCGAGGCGGCGAAGGAGAUCGCGGCGACGCUGAGCGCGAGCGCCAACAAGGUUUACUUGAGUGCAGACAGCCUGCUGUUGAAUCUGGCGGAAAAGGAGGCGGGGAAGAAGUAG